AUGGAGAACAGAAUUCUGGUUGCGGAACAUAGAUCAAGGAGAAACAUGGAAGAUGUCCUAACAGAGAUUCCCCCACCUUCAAGGUUUUUUAAAGAAGAUCUCAACAACUUUACUCCUCCAUCACCUCCUCUUCCAUCUCCAUUCCUCUUAUUUUCUAGUCUGGACAAGCCCCUUCGUUCCUCCCUUCUCAUCAUUGCCAUAUCUUCUCCUUCUCUCUCUGUGUUCCACCAUGUUGCCACAAAAACCCUAAUUGGGACUCUCAUUCUCCCUGAGAUUCCCUUAUCUGGAAACUCUAUUGAACCAUCUGUCAGAGACAAAUCCUGCAAUAUAUAUGCCCUUAAUGAUGUUUAUAAUUCAGUUCUCCUUGUCUCUGUUCAGUACUCUGUCAGUGCAGAGCGAUCUCAUGCUAUUGCAAAGUUGCUGAUUGGUGAGCAGAUUAUUCCUGAGAGGGUUUUGAUCAUGGAUUCAGUUCAAAGCCGGAACUUCCGUGGUAAGCUCUCGCCAGAUGAGACAUUUGCCUUCAAGCUGGAGACAUCAUCAGAAAGAAAAGAGCACAGUGAUGGUUCCAGCAGUUCACCACUGUUGAAGGGUUUGGACUAUUUCCCAUCAGGAAGCAUGGUAGAUGGCUUGGCUGCUGCUCUGCUCAGUCAAUGCCAGAUGAGGAACAUCAAAGGAACUCUAUGCGUUUCAUGGCCAGAGUUUGGUGGUUCUGGGGUGUCACUGGUUAAAUCUAUAAUAAAGGAGGUCUUGCCUAGCUUGGAAUUUAGUGUAAACAGUGAUGGGGAGGAUGAAUACUCUAAGUUGGACCAGAUCAAGGAUCAUCCUUUUGACUCUGAAUUGUAUACCUGA